AUGGCGCUUAAUCUCUAUAUGCAUAGCCGGAAUCCAUACAAAACCAAAAAGCCGUCAUUUAAAAUUUUAGCUGAGAAGUAUCCAUUUUUUGCUGAUGUAAUCGUAAAGGAUGAUAAUGGCAAGAUAUGUCCAGAGUUCAAGCAACCAAAGUUUCUUGCUGCGCUUGCUCGAGCCCUGCUCUUAGAGGACUUUGGUUUGGACGUGGAAGUUCCAGUCGACCGCCUCAUUCCAACUAUUCCGUUGCGUCUGAAUUAUGUUCUUUGGAUCGAAGAUAUUUUGGCUUCGAUGCAGAUCAGAAAUUCACCACCGGUCAUAUUGGACAUUGGUGUUGGCUCAUGCUGUAUAUAUCCUGUCAUCGGGGUGAAGAAGAAUGGAUGGAAUUUUAUCGGUUCUGAAUGCGAUACGAGAAAUUAUAACCACUCAUUGGAGACCAUUCAGAGGAAUGGAUUGGACAGUAAAAUAACCCUUGUUCGCGUUACUGAUGAUACAUCAAGUCCGUUGAAGCAAGUUUUUGAGGGGUAUUCUGCUUCUUUGGGUAUUGAUGUGGCCCAAAUAAAAGUGGAUGUGGUCAUGGCAAACCCUCCAUUUUUCGAAGACGUCGCUGAUUCAAUUGGUGCAGAAUCCACGCGAUCACUUUCACGAGCUCCGCCCAAAUCGGCAUCAUCGGCCGCUCGACAGGAAAGCCAAACUGUGGGUGGUGAGGUUGGCUUUGCAAAGCGUCUGGCGGAGGAUAGCCUGGUCUAUAAGACCAAUGUUGGUGUCUUCACAUUGAUGCUUGGUAAAAAGCGUAGCGUACCGGCCGUUCGACUCAUCAUGAAAGAGAUGAACAUAAUGCAAACUUCCGUUUAUGAAAUGUGUCAAGGGCGAGUGAUGCGGUGGGGCUUUGCAUGGACCUUUAUUCCAAAUUUCGUUUUUCCGGUUUCUGAUUUUAGACAAAAACGUAAAUUUCAUCGCCAACCGUUAACUUACGUUCUCCCUUCAAGUGUCACUUGUCUACCGAGGUACACGAGAAGGUGCCUUCUCGAGUGGCUAUCAGCAGAAUUGAGGAAGCUUAAGAUGCGUGUUUUGAUGCAAAGAAACAAACGAAUUCUCGGGGGUUAUCACCUCUAUGCAGAAGCUAGUGAAGACACGUGGACUCAUGCACGUCGCAAACGGCGCGAGGCAAUGAUGUACUUGAAGCAGCAUCAACAAUUGGCGAAUGAGGUCUCACAAGGCGAAGGGAGGAAACGUAAUUUUCCAAAGGAAAUAGACGCGACUGAAAUCUUGAAGCGGAGACGACUGGAUGCAGUUUGCGAUGAGGGGACAGCGUGGAUAGAGGAGCUCUCGCGUGAUCUCUCAAACUCAGAUUUCAACGAAUCGGAGUUGAUUCUCAGGGCUAAUUUCUAUGUGGAGUCCCAGUUGAAAGGUUACGGAGGUGGUAGUGAUGAUGACGAAGAAUAUGAUGCAGGCGGCGAUGAUAGUGAUAGUAGUGCUAUUGAGGAAAUUAUGGAGCCGGCUGGUGAUGAAAAAGUCGAUAAGGUAGUUGACCGGCUCAUCAUAAGCGUAGAGUGGCUUGGUGGAACGGAUCGGGAAAUGGCCAACCGCGUCCUGUCCUGGGCGGUGCCCCAGUCACCCGUGCACGCGCAGCUGUGGGGUGCUUUCGUCGAGAACAUCUUGAAGAAGGAUGGUGGCAAAUGUAGUAUCGGCAAAGAUUCGCAACACGGAUGCGGAGGGCCAGUCUUACGGUAA